CCAGAGAAGCAGACGAGGCCUAUCACGCCCGGAUGCUGGCCUGGAGUACCGAAACAAAGAGACGGGCAGAUGACACAGCAACAGCAGCGAAGAAGAAGGCAGAGGACGCCGAGCAGGCACGUCUGCUGGCAAUUGAACAACAGCGCCAGCAUGACGAGGCAACAGCAAAGGCUGCCGAUGAAGAAGGAAUCCAACGUCGUGAGAAGAUAUUUAACAGAGAGCAGACCUUGCUCACAAUGGCAGCGGAAUGGCGGACCGAGGCCGAGAAUGGCAAGAUGGAGGAUAGCGAAAAUAAGAUCGCUCUACUCCUCUCCCAUCUCACGGACCUCCUGGCGACAUGCAUUACACAGCAGGAGGACAUUGACAGCCUCGACGACUCGCUGGCUCAAGUCCACGGCCGCCUCCGGCAGCUGGAGCAGCGACCUGUCGCCGCCCCCGAUACAAGCUCUUCCAACACCUCCGAUCGCCUCGAAGCAUUGGAGAUGGACGUCGGCUCCCUCAAGGACGGCGCGCAGUUACAGCAGACCGCAACGCAACAGUUGGAACAACGGAUCUGCACUGCCGCCAACCACUCGAGUUCGGAACUAUGCGAGACAGCUCCAAAGUUCGACGGGCAGGAGAUCUUCUGCGACUCGACAAAGACAGAUCCAAUUUCAUGGUUCCGCAAGUUCGAGCUCACACUGCAGCUACACUACGUCAAAGAACACAAGCACCACACGUACUUAUACUCCCGCUCGGGGGGCGCAUGCCAGGCAUGGUUGGACAAUCUCUUGUCCAAGUCCGGAGUGGUAGCUGCCGACUUGCACACCAAGAUCAGUUGGGAUGAUCUGAAGGCGGCGUGGCACAAGCGGUUCCAUGUAGAGCCGCUGGAGAUCAAGGCAAUGGACAAGCUAAUGGUCUUCGAACAAGGCACGCUGCCGAGUGUCGACUGGAUUGCCGAGUACCAACGCUUGACAUCAGUCCCGGACAUCCAAAUGGGCUUCAAAAACAUCCGCCACUAUUUCAUCUCAAGGUCCUGUCCAGCAUUAAGCAAUGCCCUGACUCACGUCGAGGACACCGUGACGACAACGACGAAACUCUUUGACAAGGCCGCGCAGAUUAUCAUCACGAACAAGGAAGCUAAGAACCUGCGUCCGUCUGCGCCAGGCCCGAGCAGAGACCAGCAUCGGCCAAGAGUGGCUGUGGUCGCGGCGACAACGCCGUUUGACCAAACUUGUAGCGAGGCCGUGUCUGCCAAUGAAGGAGACAGUCUCGCAGCCGCCCGGGAAGUGGUGACGGCCAAAUCAUUCCGGGCGACUUGCGUUUACGAGCAGCCCGAGGAGAUCGGCCUAUGUUUCCUACGGACCGUCCCGGUAGCCGACUCUUCACCCACAGACUUGUCUUCGGACCCCCGGGUGGUGCGAUUGCUGGACGAGUUCGCCRACAUCUUCGAGUCACCUACCGGUGUGGUGCCGGAUCGGCCGAUCUCUCACGAGAUCAUUCUUGAGGCCGGUGCCGUGCCGCCGAAAGGUUGCAUCUAUCGGAUGAGCGAGGAGGAGCUUGAGGUCCUCCGCGCACAACUCGACGAUUUGUUGGCCAAGGGUUGGAUCCGCCCUAGUAGCUCCCCAUAUGGAGCACCAGUUCUCUUCGUUCGGAAGAAGAACAAGGAUCUACGUUUAUGCAUCGACUACCGCAAGCUCAACGCGCAAACCGUCAAGAAUGCGGGGCCUCUUCCUCGCAUCGACGAUCUUCUUGAGCGAUUGGGCGGUGCAAAGUAUUUUUCUAAGUUGGAUUUGAAAUCGGGAUAUCAUCAAAUCUCGAUCUGGCCGAAUGAUUGCUACAAAUCCGCGUUCAAGACGUGGUACAGGCAUUUUGAGUGGGUGGUCAUGCCUUUUGGCCUCACCAACGCCCCAACGACCUUUCAAGCGGCAAUGACCAACGAGUUCCGUGCAAUGUUGGACCGGUUCGUGCUGGUCUACUUAGACGAUAUUCUCGUUUAUAGCCGGACAUUGGAGGAUCAUCUUGGGCAUCUUCGACGAGUGUUGGAGACGCUCCGACGCGCCAAGUACAGGGCCAACCGCGACAAGUGCGAAUUUGUCCGACAAGAGCUGGAAUACUUGGGCCAUUUUGUCACACCGGAGGGCAUCAGUCCGCUAUCGGACAAGAUUCAAGCCAUCCAAGAGUGGUCGGAGCCUCGUAACGUCACAGAUGUCCGUUCGUUCCUUGGCCUCGCCUGCUACUACCAACGUUUUAUGAAAGGGUACUCGAAGAUCGCAACCCACUUGACCAAGCUUCAAUGCGAGGAUCGACCGUUUGACUUCGGAGAGGAGGCGCGGGAAUCAUUUUUGGCUCUCAAAGCCGCGCUAUUAUCUGCGGAGGUCUUGCGGAUAUACGACCCGCUUUUGCCUACGCGCGUCACUACGGAUGCGUCAGGCUAUGGCAUUGGUGCAGUCCUCAAGCAACAUGAUGGUGUGGACUGGCACCCGGUCGAGUAUUUCAGCAAGAAAGUGCCCAUCGUGCAUUCCAUUGACGAUGCACGCAACAAGGAGCUCCUCGCCUUCGUCCACACGCUCAAGUGGUGGCGGCACUUCCUCCUUGGUCGAAGCCAAUUCCGAUGGGUAACGCACAACAAUCCGUUGGUCUUCUAUAAGACCCAAGACACCGUCAACAACACCAUCGCUCGAUGGAUGGCUUUCAUCGACCAGUUCGACUUCUUUCCCGAUCACAUUCCCGGGAAGUCGAACCGUUUUGCGGAUGCUCUUUCACGGCGUCCGGAUCAUUGUACCGCGGUCUACUCAACCUUCGAGAUCGACGAUGACCUGCGGAACAGCUUCAUCCGCGGCUACCAAGUCGACCCCGAGUUCCGCGACAAGUACGCGAAUCGCUCCUCUCCUAAUCCGGCGCCUUCUCACUACCGGAUCCAAGAGGGAUACUUGCUUGUCCACACACGGGGGAAGGGCCUUCUUUGCGUACCGAGUGAUCCACACUUGCGUACACGGCUUCUUGGCGAGUUCCACGAUGCUCCCGCCACCGGAAACUUUGGAGUCAAUCGCACGAUUGGCCGACUUCGCGAGCGAUUUUGGUGGCCCGGCCUUCUUGGCGACGUCACACGCUAUUGCGAGUCAUGCAAGGUUUGCCGACGCUGCAAAUCCCGCAACCACCGUUCGUACGGCGAGUUACGACCAUUACCGAUCCCUUUGAGGCGAAGGGAAGCGAUUGCCAUGGACAUUACCGGCCCGUUCCCCAAGCACAAGACCGGCAUGGAUGGGAUUCUCAUCGUGGUCGACCGACUCACCAAGUUUGCCAUGUUUUUGCCUUUCCGUAAUCAUGCCAAGGCACCGGAGUUGGCCGAGGACCUACACGAGAGUACCUACUGGAAACUUCGAAUAAAACCUAUGCACAGGGGCAAGAAUGCAAAUCAGUACCGGAACCAGGCGCUUAGACUCGUGAAUCCUUCCAUAUGAAGAUCGACAGGUCCGAGUACAGGGGGAAGAAUGGGAUAGUACCGGGAGCAAGCGCUGAGAUGCGUGAAUGCUUUCAUAC